CUGGCUUUACAGAAAAGCUAAAAAAACAUAGUGGUGACGUGGUCGACUUUCGACGACCCUGGUGAGUCGCGCGUGCAGUACGGCGAAGAUGACAUGGACCACGAGGCAGUGGGCUCCAGCGAACUGUUCGUAGACGGGGGACCCUUGAAGCGAAGCCAGUACAUACACUCCGUCACGCUGAGGGACCUCAAGCUUGAUACUCAAUACGAAUACCACGCGGGUUCAAAGUAUGCUUGGUCAGAGAAGUUCUCGUUCCGCACAUUUUCUGAAGACGGUCCCGUUCGCGCCGCUAUCUACGGCGACUUGGGCAACGCGAAUGCACAGUCACUGCCAUACCUACAAGACGAGGCUGAGCGCAAUUAUUACGAUCUGAUCCUGCACGUGGGAGAUUUCGCUUACAACAUGGACGAUAAUGACGCUCUCGUUGGCGAUGAGUUCAUGCGACAGAUACAGCCGAUAGCUGCCAUAGUGCCCUAUAUGACUUGUCCCGGAAACCAUGAGCGUGCUUAUAACUUCAGCAACUAUGCGGCGCGGUUCUCGAUGCCGGGGCGGGACUCCAGCCUGUUCUACAGCUUCGACGUGGAUCCUGUUCAUUUCAUCUCCAUCUCCACUGAGGUCUACCACUCCAGGGAAUUAAAUGAAGAACUUAUUAGCAGUCAAUAUGACUGGGUCAAAAAUGAUCUUCAAAGAGCUAAUCUUCCAGAAAAUAGAUCGAAGAGACCGUGGAUUAUAUUGUUUGGACACCGACCGAUGUAUUGUUCCAAUAUUCUCUCAGAUUGCGACAGUGAAUCUACGAGGUUCGGCAUCGAUGGAAAGUGGGCUCUAGAGCCGUUCCUCAAGGACUAUGGCGUGGACCUCGUCAUCUGGGCACACGAGCAUUCCUACGAGAGAACAUAUCCGCUGUACGACGGCGAGGUGCACAAGGGCUCGGAAGAACAACCUUAUGUUAACCCUGGGGCCCCAGUGCACAUCAUAACUGGCUCGGCUGGUUGCAAAGAGGAACACCAUAAACCAUUCAACAGUAGCCAUGCCGACUGGUCUGUGUUCAGGAGUCUCGACUAUGGAUACACGAGAUUUAUCGCUUAUAACAAGUCACAUAUAUACAUGGAACAGGUGGAUGUCGAUCUAGAGUUAGAAGUAAUCGACUCCUUUUGGCUGAUCAAGGAUGAACACAAAGCUUACGAAUUCUGAAGUAACUGAAGAAAUAAAGAUGCCUGUGGAAGAGCAGAAAAAACUAUUUACUUGGAUACUAAAAUAAAACUAUUAUACUUAA